CAAAACCCUUUGUGGAGCGAGCUCCAGGUCUCAUAACCCUUUGGUAACCGAGCUAUAUGCUCGCAACGAGGCCGAUCAUCACCUCCCGUAUGACCGACAGUCUAACAACGAAUGACAAUCGUCACAUAAACCCAGCAUCAAGCAGAGAUAUAUCUUCGCAGCCGGGCCGACCCAGUCGUCAUCCUUGACCAUUUUUAUUCCCUCACCUUUGUCUUGAGUACCGUUUCCUGAAGUUUUAUAUCGUUGCAAAGACUGCUUCCCAUCUAAACACAGAUCAACAUCGAACAUGUCUCGUCUACUCAGCCUCCCAGCACCUUUGCCAUCAGAGUCCGUCACGCUCGGACAACUCCUCACCAAUCCUCUGAAUCCUUCUUCCAGCUCUCUGAAGCUCCACAAAUCCCCUGAUUCACGACAAUUAUCAACCCAGUCGAAAGACGAAGACGCUCACGCCACAACCCAUGUUACUAUCGAUGAACCAUCGCAGGUUUUCGACAACCUGCGUCAUGAGCCCACAACACAAGCCUUCCUCCGCAAGAUGUCACAACAACAGAAGCCAAUUUACUUCGUCACCGGACUUCAAACAUCCAAAUCUCCUUGUCAUAAGCGUGCGGCUAUGCCACACGGACCCAUAACCGAGGCAGCUUCAACCCCGCAACCACAACUCCACCUUCCAUUUCGACGGGUAGAUUCGGCAUCUAACAUGGCCUCACCUUCUUCGCCUACCAAAUCAGAACCUUCGGAGACAAUCCUCGCGGUACAGCUGCUGAAAGUUAGGUGCCGUGUAGGUGCUGUCAAUGAGCCGCAUUGUAUUUCGGAUGUGGACUACAUUUGGAGCUACCAUUUAAUUGACGAUGACGAGGCGGAUGAUUUACAGCUCUCCAUAGGAUUAGGUAAAGUGGUGGAAGAACAAGAAUGGAGGGCUUUGGCGGGGAUAUCACAGAAGCGGGAGGAGAGAGGCGCGGAUCGUGACUGGUCUUAUGAUUACGAAGACAGCGACGAUGGUCUCGGUGGAUUCUGAUUAAGUCUUUCUCGUCAAAAAAAAACAUCAAUGCAGAUCUGUCAGCUUAGCCCCUGAUAUUCAUACAGGGUGAUUUCUCUCACUCCAUUGCAUCCUACCCAUAACCUCAAGCACAUAGACCUAGCUUCAACGUCACUGCCUGACAAUGCUCG